AUGUUUAAAUCCGUAAUAUCAUUAUUUUAUAAGACCAACAGUACACAGCCAACUGGUAUUGCUGUUACGAAUACAAUCACCACAAUAACGGCGACGGACUAUGACUAUUUUUAUUCUUCACAUGCUUUUAAAACUUCUAAUAUAGAUAACCUUACCGUUUCAAAAUCUUCCAAAACAUUAGAAACUAAAGCAAAUGAUGAUCCUUUCUUACCAAUAGAAAGUCAACCACAAAAUUUACGAGAAACGGGAUUGAUACAUAAAAUCGCACAUCAUUCGUUUACGAAACACCUUAUACCACUUUCAUCGAUACAUGUAAAUUUCAACAAAAGUUUUCAAGUAAAACAUCAUCAAAAUGAUGUAUCAUCUAAUUAUACUCUCACAAAAGUAAAUUCAAAAUUAUUGUUUUAUAAUCAAAGGAUGAUGUCAAACUUUUUAACUGGCUCCAAUAACGUCGCUCCUAAUUUUAUUACCGAUAUUAAUUUGAAUACCAAGGUUUCAGAAGAUCCAGCAGUAAAGAAUGUUCAGGAGAAUAGUCAGAGUGAAAUAAGAAAAAUAGCAGAGGAAAUAAUAAAAUUUGAUGAAAUUAGCGAUGAUAUCAAACUUUCUUUUACCGCAUUGACAAAAGAAGGGGAUACCAACGCUACUAUUACACCUUUCUACACAAUUCCAGAUGAAGGAUCUAGUAAUUUAAUUCGUGGUAAUUCAAUGUUGGUUAAUAAGAAACGAAAAGAUAGAUCCUUUGGAAAAUAUCUCUCAAUUCAUUCUUCUUUACCUAAUACAAAUAUUUUUAAAUCUUCAGAAAAUGAUUCAAAUAAUCCAACAUUAAAAAGAACAUUUAGUAUUAGAAAAUCAUCAAUAUUUAAAACCACUGCUACUGACGAGAUAAAAAAACCAGACGAAGAUGAAUCUUUAUUUCGCAAUAAAUUGUUUAAUAAUCUGAAGAGACCUCGGGCGCUUAAUAAUUCCUUAAAGAGAUUAUGUAAAUCUAAACAACCACAGCAAAGUGAUCAAGUUAUCGAAACUGCUUGA